AUGACCACCCAAAUCACGACCGGGACGUCCGAACUUCGGGAUAUCACCAAGAUGGAGCGCAUAGGCGUUCAUUCGCACAUCCAUGGACUGGGACUCGACGACCGGUUAGAGCCAAGGGCUAAUUCGCAGGGAAUGGUUGGGCAGGCCAAGGCUAGGAAGGCUGCUGGAAUGAUUCUCAAGAUGGUGCAGGAAGGACGGAUAGCAGGACGAGCGAUGUUGUUUGCUGGGCCUCCGUCGACGGGAAAGACUGCUAUUGCAUUGGGUAUGGCACAGACGCUGGGUCCAGACGUGCCCUUCACCAUGAUUGCCGCCAGCGAGGUAUUCUCGCUAUCGAUGUCAAAGACUGAGGCGUUGACCCAGGCAUUCCGACGGAGCAUUGGAAUACGCAUCAAGGAAGAGACAGAACUCGUCGAAGGGGAGGUCGUCGAGAUCCAAAUCGACCGGAGUCUGACUGGCGCUACGAAAACAGGAAAACUCACUAUCAAAACUACCGACAUGGAGACUAUCUAUGACUUGGGUACUAAAAUGAUCGACGCUCUCUCGAAGGAAAAAGUCCUUGCAGGAGACAUCAUUACCAUCGACAAGACGUCUGGUAAAAUCACUAAACUCGGCCGUUCGUUUGCACGGUCUAGAGAUUAUGAUGCUAUGGGCGCUGAUACUAAAUUCGUUCAAUGCCCCGAAGGUGAAAUACAAAAACGGAGAGAGGUCGUGCAUACGGUGUCUUUGCACGAAAUAGACGUCAUCAACAGUAGGACGCAGGGCUUCCUAGCUUUGUUUGCAGGCGACACAGGUGAAAUCAAGCCAGAGCUACGGAAUCAGAUCAACACCAAGGUGGCGGAGUGGCGCGAGGAGGGCAAGGCUGAGAUCAUACCAGGUGUCCUUUUCAUCGACGAGGUUCACAUGCUCGACAUUGAAUGCUUCUCAUUCUUGAACCGCGCCUUGGAAAAUGAUCUAGCUCCUUUGGGACAACUUUCCGCAGUCCCCCAUGGGCUACCUGUGGAUCUUCUCGAUCGUGUCCUCAUUGUCAGCACCAAGCCGUACAGCGAAGAAGACAUCGAGCAAAUCAUACAAAUACGAUGCCAAGAGGAGGAUGUCACGCUUACUUCGGAAGCUACUAGUGUCUUGACAUCUAUGGCCAUGCAAACGACGCUGCGGUACUCGCUCAACCUCAUUUCAUGCGCUCAGAUGCUAGCUCGGAAACGAAAGGCGGAGCAAGUGGGUGUGGAGGAUCUGCGGAGAGCAUAUACGUAUUUCAUGGACGAGAAACGAAGUGUUCAGUGGUUGAAGGAGCAGCAAGGGUCGCUUGUAUUCGAGGAGAUACCAACGGCCAGCGAAUACAUGGACAGCUCAUGA